AUAUAUAUAUGUAGUGUUUUUCACAAUAGUUUCAAGAGUUCAAAACAAAUGGAGUUCAAACAACUGCUAAAUAUAAAGCAGACAGAUACCCUGUGCUUAGUCAAUCCUGAUUUAUUCAAUUAUACGGGAAUUUAUAAAUCUCAGUAUUUUUAUGCUUUGAAUAACAAAACAUUAGUAGGUGCUGAAGUCAUUCACCAACAUAAUCCACAAAUUCCAAAUGGGCAUAUAACAGUAUUUAAUUUCUUGGGAAGAUAUAUAUAUAUGAUGAUGUUACCACAAUCAAUACUACAUUGAGUUCAGCGGGGUGCAAUGCUGCUAUCAUUUCAAAGCUAGUGAGCAACUUCUGUUUGGUGUAAAUCUUGAAGGUAGUCUUUUACUGCGAGAUAUCAAUGCAACUUUUGCAUAUCAAGCACAAAUUCCUAAAUCAUGUAUCAACAUUAUAGGUGACUAUGCAAAUGUGGAUCAGUUGGUUGUUUUCCUGUAUGUCACAAUCAGCCACGCUGCCACUAAAACUCGACAAUGGAAAAGAAUACAGACUAAACGGCCAUGUCCUCAAACCGAUGGGUAAACACCAGAUCAGAAGUGUCUUGUACAAGAUGACGAACUCCGUGAUGAACAUUAUGGCGGUUAGCGGCACCACAUCUUGCAAAGGCUUGUCACGCAUGAUGUUUUAUUCACAGGCGACGACCCCCAAAGGAUCAAUGUUGUUGCGGUUGAAAAAACCCAGAGACGAUCUACGACAUAGGCGGUCCACUUCAGAAGAUAAAAACUCAACACAACUGAACUUUUCAGGGUCUAGGUAUUACUGGAAGGCAGGUUGAUGGUUUGUACUUUUUUACAUAAACAAUUUAUUGCCCUGAUUCUAAUUUUUUAAAUAAUAACUUUCAA